AUGCCGCUGUUGAGAUCAGACCAACCUGUCGUCAAAUCAGAGUGCCGUUCACUCUACAACCAGAUAUGGCACGAACGUUCACCGACCCUUGAACUGGCACAGUCUGAACUGAUGCAACCUUCACCGCUCUCACUGACUCUCGAGGAACGAACGCGACUCACUUAUCAAAGAGCAAGAGCGUUGGCGGAUGCACAUAAGUUGACGGUGAAGGAUGUGGCGUACUUGACCCCGAGUUUCUGGAAGCUACACACGGACAUGAUCGGUGCUAUGGACGGUGGCGCGGUCACCCUGAUUAGCAUCCAGUAUAACCUUUUCGUCGGCACGGUCGCUCCGUUUGCUGCCACAAGGCCUGACUUGGCAUUGAUCGUGCAGCAGGCGAUGAAAUUCGAUAUCUCGUGCGUUGCCCAAUUCAUGCUUACCGAGGUUGGGCAUGGCUUGGAUGCACGAAAUCUCGAAACCACAGCGACUCUGCUUCCAGAUGGUGGCUUUGAGCUGCACACGCCGUCAAAGGCCGCCGCCAAAUGCAUGCCACCGUCCACCCCUCGCAGCGGCCUCCCCACUAUCGCUGUGGUCAUUGCCCGGCUGAUGGUCGAGGGCGAGGACAGAGGAAUCCGUCCAUUCCUUGUCCCCCUUUCAGACGGAACUCAGAUGUGCACGGGCAUCACCUCAAAGGCCCUUCCACCUCGAACGGGCGCCCAACCCAUAGACCACGCCUUGACAUACUUCGACCACGUGCAGCUGCCCUCGUCCGCCUUGCUGGGUGAUCUCGAAAAGUCGCAAAGCGAACGCGAUGAUUUCCUGGCGACCAUCCACCGUGUAUCGGUGGGGACGCUUUUCCUUUCCAGUGGGUGCAUCCCACUUCUGAAGAUUGCCCUCUACAACGCCAGCAAAUUCAGCUUCCGACGGAAGAUCCUCGGCCACGAUGGGCAGCCGAUGCCCGUCAUUGACUUUCGCACGCAACACCUCCCCAUCCUUCACGCCAUUGCACGAGUCCAUGUCCUGCAGGCUUUCCUUAUCCAGGCGGCAGUGGGAUUCCGGGACCCGAAGGUCGAUCCGCGCGUACGUCACGCAAUCGCAACAGCGUUCAAAGCAGUGGCUAUCCACGACUUCCAGACCAGCAUAAAAGCUCUGAACGAAGGUUGCGGCUGGCACGGAUACUAUGAGCGCAACCAGAUUCUUCAAGCCGAAUUGGAGUUUCGUGCUGUGGGAACAGCUGAAGGCGAUAUCAGAGUUCUUGCCAUCCGCCUAGCAAGCGAGCUCUUGAUCGGCCGUUACCAGGUCCCACCACCUAAAGACCCCGAAAGUCUUCUAGCACAGCAUGAGGCAGGCUUGUUCGCGGAGGCGAAGGAAUCUCUCGAUCUCAUCGGCGGGAUCCAUCGCAGCGAAGCAUUCAACCGGACCAUCCUUCCCCUAGCCCUUCCAUUGAUCCAGGCCGUAGGGUAUCGGAUGGCGAUGGAAGCCGCAAUCGAAGCUGACAUCAACCCCAGGCUGCGGUCCCUAUAUCAAGCUGGAGUAAUCAAGGAAGUCUCCGCUUGGUUUAGUGAGCAGGGGGGUCUCAGCCGGAAGGAGCAGCGGCAUAUGGAGUCUCAAGCGGCAGAUGCAGUGCUUCCAGAAUUAGAAGAGUUGGUGGAGGGGACGGGAGCGCAGGUGUAUUGCACUGCACCCAUGACAUCAGAUACCCUGUGGGACAACUUUGUCGAAGAGUUGGAGACUUUUUCUGGCAACGGAGUGUGGCCAAAACAUGCCCCAUAG